AUGUUGAAGGCAGCUCAGCCACUACUCGGACCUGCGCCUCAGUCGACGGAACCAAGCUGCCACUUCUUGCCAGAAGACUAUGAGCCAGAAGCUUAUGAUAACGAAUGCAAUUUCAAGAAACUACAUCCCACAUUCCGCAGGCGAUAUUCCGAGCCGAAAAAGUGUCGCAACAAGGCAUCUUUAACACGCCCAGACCGACUGCCCUUAUGCAAGCUUCAUCAAGCUCUAGGAAAGGAUACAUAUAUAGCUGCACGAUGUGAAGUCGAGUUCGCGAUUUCCAGCGAGCGUCGGCGAUGUGACCGCCUUUUUCGAUGGUUUCCUCCCCAUAAGAAAGCGUGUCGACUGCAUUGGGACGAUGUUUCCGCGCCAGCUUAUCUUUUGAAGCUCCCAGCAGAGUUACGCUUUCACAUAUUUCGAUAUCUUUUCUCUGGAACGCCGAUAGGCUCAGACAUGUCAGAGUCGCAGAAUGAGCAGAGCAGUAUGAGCCAAAAUGACAUUCGGCAGUACAUCUUAUUAUGUGGGGUCAGUCGACAGACCUCCCAUGAUGCCCGAGCGGUCUUUUGUUCUCUACCAUUCACCAUUGAUAUUCGACGUGAGGGUAUUCUCAUGUGCGGUAGAUGGUUUUGCAAAGCCAGAGAUGACGCUGGUAAUGAGGUAAAUCUUUACGGGAAUCGGCAAUACCCUUCUAGAAUGGACACGUAUCUCCCCUAUACAACUGGUGAUCUCGACGCCCGAAGUAAGACUUAUGAUCAGAUCUUCAUCAAAUACUUCCCUUUCUUACACGUUCGGAACUAUCAUGUUGAUAUACUAUUCGAAGAAUCACCUCUUGUGGGUUGGGAUCGCGAGGUGGAAAUUUAUGAUAUUCGCGAUCUUGUUGGCUUCGCCACAAAAAACAUCUUGAAGAAAAGCGAGCACUUGAACUCGGUCAAUACCAGGGUUGCAUUCAAGGAUCGAGAGGGAAUUCUGAAUCAUGGGCAUGCUAUGAUUGAGACGACAAAAACUCUCACUGAGCCCCUGAUGCGUCUACACAGAGUGAAGGCACCUUUUCUAGGUGACAUAAUGUCAGGUGAGCACUGCAGUAUCACCGCUCGUCAGCACAGUCUUUGCCGAGAUGCGACGAAAGGGACCUUUGACAUGGGAGGCGUCCUGAUCUACGCCCACGAAAACCCUUCUUUGGCAGAAUAUAAGCGGAAAUGGGAAGACACAACACGUAACAACCUGGAAAGUCCCCCGGACGAGUCACCAAUACGUCACGCAUUCUCGCAGUUCAAGAAGCUGUACGGUGCCCUCGUCGUAGAUACCCCAGGUCUUCGUCUGGGAGGCAAAGAGUCCGUCCUCCAUCGCCUGAGGGUUGCAAGGGAGCACAGCGACUAUACCACAUUCUCAGAAAUUCUGAGCCCAGUUAUUCCCACAUAUAUACAAGCCAAGGAACAACUGAAAGAUCGCCACCUCAGCAUCGCACGAAUGCAUCGAGAGGCCGAGACCAAGUCCAGAGCAAAAGAUAAGCAAAACGAUAAGCUCGUCUCUCGUCUGGAGAGAUUCAUGGUUCAGUGUCAAAGCACUGCGGCGGUCUCGCCCGGGCUGAAUUUCAAUCAAUCAUCAGCGCCUGUUGUGGACAUCCCGGACGUAGACUUUGACGAGGCAGCUAAAAAGAUGACUGUCCAAGAGCGUCUAGAAUGUCUCCGAUCGCUUCCUCCCAUGCAACAGGACAUGAUGCGUGCGGACCGCGCGAGAGCGGACGAAAGUAUCAAACUUCUCCAAGCCGAGGUGGCGAGUAUUAGGGCUGAGCUCGAGCACAAGUAUAUCGUUCGCGGACUCCAGAUGCAACACUCGGCGUACGAGUUGAGCACAUCAGCCCGAGAUCAAGACGUCCGGAAUAGGCAGUUCCUUCCAACUCCUCCGUCUUCGUCCAAGUCUCAUAUUGGCCAUGUGGAGGGUACGGCUUCCCAACCAAUGUCCCUAACAAGCAGCUCUCAAUCUCAUUCCUCUGAUGCAUGCGCCGCUCGUCCCUCAGAUUGCCCUCGUCGUCUCGCAGUGAAUCCCCGUUCCGACUGUUUCGACGGUGAUUGGCCUACGGCGCAAGAUGAGGCUCAGCCCUCUGUCUCGUACAUUGGAAAAGGCAAGAGACGAGCGGACAGUAUCAUCGUCAUUGACUAG